AUGGUCGCUUUGAUUUCCAAGAAGAGAAAGCUAGUCGCUGACGGUGUUUUCUACGCCGAAUUGAACGAAUUCUUCACCAGAGAAUUGGCUGAAGAAGGUUACUCCGGUGUCGAAGUUAGAGUUACUCCAACCAAGACUGAAAUUAUCAUCAGAGCUACCAGAACCCAAGAUGUCCUAGGUGAAAACGGUAGAAGAAUCAACGAAUUGACUUUGUUGGUUCAAAAGAGAUUCAAGUACAAGCCAGGUACCAUUGUUCUUUACGCUGAAAGAGUUCAAGACCGUGGUUUGUCUGCUGUUGCUCAAGCUGAAUCCAUGAAGUUCAAGUUGUUGAACGGUUUGGCUAUCAGAAGAGCCGCUUACGGUGUUGUCCGUUACGUUAUGGAAUCCGGUGCUAAGGGUUGUGAAGUUGUUGUCUCCGGUAAGUUGAGAGCUGCUCGUGCCAAGUCCAUGAAAUUCGCUGACGGUUUCUUGAUCCACUCUGGUCAACCAGUUAACGAUUUCAUUGACACUGCUACCAGACACGUUCUAUUGAGACAAGGUGUCUUGGGUAUCAAGGUUAAGAUCAUGAGAGACCCAGCUCAAAGCAGAACUGGUCCAAAGGCUUUGCCAGAUGCUGUCAAGAUUGUCGAGCCAAAGGAGGAAGAACCAAUCUUGGCUGCUUCCGUCAAGGACUACAGACCAGCUGCUCCUCAACAAGAAGAACCAGAACAAGUCGAAGCUGUCGAAGCUUCUGCUUAA